UGCUUUAUAUUAUUUUUGUCACAACAAUAUAAAUAAAAAUCUAGGGUAGACAUUUUCAAACACAAAUCAAAAUAUGAAGAUGAUUGUGAAACUCCCCGCAAAAACAAUGGUGGUUACUCUGCUUCUUCUUGCAUCUGGUCUUGGUCAUGCUAGGGUUGAGCCUUUUUCUCCUACGCUAAAUCCAAAAUUUCAAACCGACUCUAAACCGUUUUAUCCACCGAUUAUCCCAACCGAGCCAUUUCCUCCUCCACCUCCAUCGAACCAUGAUGCGGUGAUAUCAGUGAAGCAAUUCCCAGUUAGACCUUAUUGUCGUCCUGGUUAUCAAAAUCCUGGAUGUCCCCCAUCAUCUUAGACGUUCUCCAAAAAAUGAUAUGAAACUCUUAAAAUAAAUAUAAUACAUGACAACAUAAAACAUGUUUUGUGUUGUUGUGUUUUUUAUAUAUCAUAAAUCUAUAUUACUUCAUACGUUUCGUAAUAAUUGCCGUUUUAGUAAUGUAUUUUUUGUUUUAUAAAGUAUGUCAUCUCGUAUACGAAGAUUCGGUUUCAACUCUA